GGAGGCGUGACUGUACACGUAUUGUUUUGGCGGACAAAAUAGCCGCAAAUGCCAAUGUAUAGGAGUGUCUUAUAAAGCGCGCUUAAACCGUUUGAAAUAGUAAAUGCACUACAAAAACUGACUGCGUGAGUCCAGCAUGGGGUCCAUCUGCACAAAAAAACAACACCGUCAGCUGCCUGGCUAACCGACCUGCUAAAACAUUCGGAUGAGCAUUAACUGGCAAGAACGCUGUUUAUUAUAUUCGUGCAUAAUUUUUAUUGCCUGACAUUUUGUGCCUUAAUAAACUCCGCGAAACACUGCUCGCUGUUUUUUGCGAUGUCGCUACAUGCAGUGACAGAUUAAAUAUAUAUGACAGUUUACCGCUAGUGUUGCUGGCUACUGCUGGGGUUAUUUUCAUUGUUACAGCAAAACGGUAUACAAACCCUUGACAGUUCAUGGUGUAUAUUUCGUGCCUUUGCUUCGCUGACAACACCGCUGUCCACCUCGCACAAUAUUACAGCAGUCACGCUUUUUGAACAUCAACAAAUCUUGUGUAACUGAAAUGCAGCCUUUAUUAACACGUUAGUUUCGGAAAACGUGUUAGGUUGAGCCUCCCUAAGCAGCACAAAAUGAACGGAAAAGUCAUACCGAAUACUCCCAUAGCCGUAGACUGUUGGCAGCUCCGAAAGUGCCAUCAUGUCCGUCUGUUUUUCCUGUCUCACAUGCACGCGGAUCACACAUCUGGCCUUUCAUCCACCUGGAGUCACAGACCCAUCUACUGCUCACCUCUCACUGCCAAACUUCUCAAACUCAAACUGCAGGUCAAAGAGAAAUGGAUUCGUCCCUUGGAGAUCGGGGAAGCCCACAUGUUGUUAUUAGAUGAUCUUGGGAAAGAACGACUGACAGUUACUCUAAUAGAUGCCAACCACUGUCCUGGGGCAGUUAUGUUUCUUUUUGAGGGAUACUUUGGCACGAUACUCUACACUGGUGACUUCCGUUAUACCCCGUCCAUGCUCCGUGAGCAAUGUCUGAGGAACAACAUUAAUAUUGAUGAGCUAUAUCUGGACAACACAAACUGUGACCCGACUCGAGCCGUACCUUCUCGUCAGCGAGCCACUCAGCAAAUUAAAGAAAUCAUUAGGGCUCAUCCCGGAUACACCGUAGUUAUUGGUCUGUACUCUCUGGGUAAAGAGUCUCUGUUGGUGGAGCUGGCUAUGGAGUUUAAAACAUGGGUGGAGGUUGAUAUAGAGCGUCUAGAUACCCUGCGAGUUCUGGAGCUCCCAGAUGUUUUCACCACCGAACCUGGUACGGGCCGUAUUCGUGUAGUCGCUCAGUCUAAGAUCAACGCCGCCAACCUGCUGGCCUGGAAUAAGGAGCAGCCUACCAUAGCUAUACUGCCAACCAGUCGCCCCAUGGUCUCCUGCCACCCUAACGUCCAUGUGGUGCCUUACUCUGACCAUUCCUCUUACCAGGAACUUGAGGACUUUGUGUCAGCCCUGCGUCCCAUCUCACUGGUGCCCAUUGUAGGCAGCUGCUUGCCUUACUUCUCUUCCCUUCUGAGCCCUCGCAAGAAGCACAGAGAGCUAGUGAUUCCAGAGUCGGUCCAGCACUACAUGAUGACCCAGCCUAAAAUUCAGGCCUCCACAAACAGUAUGACAAGUGUCUUUCAAAGAGCAUCUUGUCCAGAGUCUCGGGGGGUGGUGUUUGAAUCUCCUGGAUCUAAAUUAAGUCAAAUUAGUCAUGAUGAGGGGGACCCGGACAUUACUGUGGUCGAGGAGAAUUCAGAGAUGGAUCGAGACUCCGACUACAUCCUUUUAGACAUGAGCACUGACUCGUACCAUCGAGAGAACAGCCCACACAGCAAGCGUCUGAAACUCAUCCGAAUUGAAUCAGAAGAUGUUGUCAUGGUCAGCAGCAUCCUUCCUCCGGAUGACAAUGAAUCCAUCACUAUGCUUAAACUUGUAGGAUCACCUACAUCACCUGAAUCUCAAAUGAAAGGACCCAAGAAGAAGAGCCCUCAAAUGGGUAGCGCCAAUUCUAGAGAGAUGUGUUCUUCAAUGGACAGCAUCAGUAUCCAUGACCACACCUGUGUUACCGCUGUAGCUGCACUCAUACCUUCUGAAACACGACCAGUGACUUCUGCCUUGAACCUUACGUUAGACAGAGAGCAGAUUGAGCAGUGGCUCCUCAAGAACUUCACCAUACCUCAGGAGGAACUCAAAGGUGAGCAAGUGUUGUUGGGCCUCCAUGAAAAGUAUCCCCUUACUCCAGUUGAUCUUCCUAAACCAGCAGGUGACCCCCUUGAAGCAGCUAUAAAGAGAAUCAGAUCUAAAUAGAGUGAUUUGUGAUGUUUAUGUACAGUGAAGCUGCCACUUCCACUAUGAAACGAUAAACAUUUAAUGUGAGUAACUCAUCUGUAUGAGACCUUUUUUUUUUGCCCUUUGCCUUUACGUUUAAUUUAAGAGAAUUGUUUCCAUCACAGCACUGGCUAACACAUCAUAUGUGACAACUCCAUUGUAAGCAUCAUUAAGUAUUUUAUUUUUAGUUACCAUGUAUUAUUGUAAUUUAGAUAUCAACAGUAUUGUGGUUAUGUCUCUGUAACUUGCAGUGCCAGUAACUAAUUAUAAUAUGUAAGGCAUUUUUUCUUUUCAUGAAAGCUUGUGUUCCUACCAAACUAUUUAACUCUGAUGGUAUUCUUUUCAUCAUGGUAACACUGUCUUAAAUUUGACUUAAUUUUCUUAUGUAGCAUGACUUACAUAUGUAGCAUCACCAGGCUCCUUUUUGUGGUAGACACACUGUUAUUUUCAGAUUUUUUUAUUUUUAUUAUUUUAUUAAAAUAGUUGUUUCUUGUA